AUGUGGAUGCACGAGCGCCUUGCGAAAGGUGGAGCCAAUAACACUAUAUUAUUUGCUAUUUGUUGUAUGAGUGGAAAGGUCACUCUCCCUUUGUUGCUGGUUUCGCCACCAUUGUUGUGGGUGUUGUUGAAUGGUGAUGAUCAACGAGCUUUGCAUUACCAGAAACAUAUCAGGGCCUUUAAUGAAAAUGAAGUCCAGAACCGGAUUGAUGCAAUUGGCCUGUUUAAUCAACACCAAGCUAUAGAUCAUACCAUUGUCGCUGACCUAAUCAGCAUGCUUGAUUCCCACAAUUCUCUUGCUAAGUGCUUCCGAUAUGCUAGGCAAAGGUUCACUGAAGAUUCAACGACUCCGCUGCAGCUUCGUCUUAUCAAGAAGAGGAAUACUGAUGGUAGAAGAUAUAAUCUACCAUCAGCGUCUGAAGUUGCUGCUCUUAUUGUAGGUGAUUUUGAUAUCGACAGCCUUUCGAGGGACGUUGUAAUUCAGACGCAUUCGAACCUUCUGAAACGGAUUGAUGUUAAUCAUCCACAGUACCUUGCACUACAUAACUUGGGUUUCCAGCAUUCUGUUCAUGAGAUUAAGUCCAUCACGCUUGUCGAAAUUGAAAAACUCUUGCAGCCGAAUGGUAGGAGCCUAAAAGAAUUUACUGACAUGCCGUUUCCUGAUUAUGCUGGUUUACCUGAACCUUUCGACACAGUUUUUUCUGAUGAGCUCAAUUUCGACAGGACAGAAUUGGCAAGUAUCUCCGUGGAUUUGGUUUCCCGGUUGAAUCGAGACCAGCGCAUUGCGUUCAACACAAUAGCAAAUGCAGUUCGUCGUGACGCUGGUGGUUUUUUCUUUGUCUGUGGAUAUGGUGGAACUGGUAAAACCUUUCUAUGGAAUGCACUGUCUGCUUCAAUAAGGUCGAAGGGUGAUAUUGUCCUCAACAUUGCAUCCAGUGGCAUUGCAGCUCUAUUGUUGCCUAAUGGGCGAACUGCUCAUUCACACUUUAACGUUCCGCUCAGUGUUAACCAGGACUCUAUUUCGCUCGACAAAUGCCUUAAGGAUGUUCUUCGUUUUGAUCGUGGAUAUAAUCCUCAUGCUCCAUUUGGUGGGAAAAUUGUUGUUCUAGGAGGUGAUUUCCGUCAGAUAUUGCCUGUGAUUCCUCGUGGUUCCCGGGAAGAGAUCGUUCAUUCGUGUAUUAAUGCUUCGAACCUGUGGCAAUCUUGCCAAGUGUUGCAGUUAACUGAAAACAUGAUGUUGUCCCGUGGUUCACGAGAUAUCCACGGCGUACAAUUGAAGGAAUUUGCUACAUGGUUGCUUCAAAUUGGUGACGGGUUAAUCGGAGACAGCACCGAUCGCGAAUCAGUAAUUAGAAUACCCGACAACUUGCUGCUUAAUAUUGAGUCUCCAUCGUGGAUUAUUUUAAGGGUAGGAGUGACACUUGAUGUUGUAACUGAAGUAAACAAUCAUGUGAUGUCUUUGAUCCCUGGCAACGAGAGGGUUUACUUGAGCUCUGAUACACUAAUUAAUGAAGAUGGUCACCUGCAAUCUGAAUUAUACACAAUGAGCACUGAGUCAUUGAAUGCGCUAAAUUGUUCAGGCCCCAACACCGGUCGUAAUACUGGUGAAGUUGUCUUUAUUCCCAGGAUGAACAUGUCACCUAAUAAUGAUACAUUACCAAUCAGGUUUACUCGACGCCAAUUUCCGGUUGCUCUUUGCUUUGCGAUGACCAUAAACAAGUCCCAAGGUCAAACGCUGUUAACAGUUGGCGUCUAUCUUCCGAGGCCUGUUUUUACUCAUGGUCAGCUUUAUGUUGUGCUUUCUCGGGUCAGCAUGCAUUCUGGACUGAAGAUUUUAUCUGUUGAUUCUAACGGCAAAGUUUCAGAUCAUACUGUUAAUGUUGUCUACAGAGAAGUUUUUACUGGGUUGCUACCUAACAUUCUCCCUUGA